AUGGUUAAAAAUACAUGGAAUGCUAUAGAUCCUUUCUUAAUUCGUCGUUCAUUUAAGUGUUAUGAAAUUUCUAAUAAACAAAAUGAAAGUAAAGAAUAUCUUAUAUUUGAUUAUUAUAAAGUUGCAAGAAGUAAUACUACUAAUCAAAGUAAUUAUAUUUACUUAAAUGAUGAAAUAGAUGAUCAGAAAAAUAGAAAUAUCGAAAUUUAUUUAGAAAAAGAAAAAAAUAAUAUUGGUGAUGGUGAUAAAAAAUAUGAAGAUGGUUAUUAUAAAAUAUAA